UUGAUUACUGUAUUCCAUAAUCCUCCAAAUAGAGAGAGAAUAACCUUACCUUGGCUGCAGCAACGUUUGGAAGAAUAUGGUAAAGAUGAUGUAUUCGACAAUGCAUUUCUUGCCAAUAUCAUAUUUUUCGACGCGCAUAUGACUGGUCGGCCUAUUGGGAACCAAGAUGCCGAGGCUUUUCUCGCAGAGUCUGGCACGAUUGCAGUAUACUUUUUCAACAACGAGAUCGCUUUGGCACCUGGUCCAUAUAUGAAAUUGGAUGGGCAGUUAUGGGAAGUAUGCAGGCUGGUGGAUGACUCAUACGAGACUUGUAUGGUUGCUUUGAAACCGCAACAAAACUUAUUGGGCUCGUUUGAGCGUCUUUCGAUAAUGGGUCAAGAUAGCAACGUCCUCAGUUUCGCUAUACCAUCUCAACUCAAAUAUUCUAUUCCGAAUCAACAGUUACCCCUAGCUGGAAAGCGUAUCCUCAUUAAGGAUAACAUUCAUUUGGACGGUAUCAAGACAUCUAAUGGCAAUCGCGCCUUCUACGAGACAUACCCUGCACAAACACAAACUGCCAGCUGCAUUCAAAAAUUAAUCGAUAAAGGCGUUGUUGUUAUCGGAAAGACGAAAAUGUCUUCUUUUGGAAAUUGGGAGGAGCCCAUUCAAUAUACAGACUACCCGGCCCCAUGGAAUCCCAGGGCUGACCGUUAUCAAUCCCCAGGAGGUAGCAGUUCGGGCAGUGCUUCGGCUGUUGCAGCCUACGAGUGGCUUGACAUUGCUAUUGGUACCGACACUUGGGGGAGCGUCACCAGACCUGCUCACUGGUGUGGCUGCUUUGGCCUCCGUCCCAGCCUCGAAGCGAUUUCUGCAGACGGCAUUGUGCCCUGCGUCAAGUCUUGGGAUAUUCCGGGAAUUCUGGCAAGAAACCUGGAAGAUUGCAAACAUUUCGCCGAAGAGUGGCUGGAUUUCAGCAACAACAAAUUUAAGGAGUAUCCACAGGAAUUCUCUUGUCUCCUCUGGCCCACUGAUUUCUGGGAAAAUGUUGAAGCCACGGAAAAGGAAAUGGCAAAGAAAUUUGCCAAGAACAUGGCUGACAAACUAGGGGUAUGCCUUAGAGAGUACUCAUUCGAAAACUGUUGGGAAGAAGAGGGACCAGAGGGGUGGCGGAAAUAUUCCUUGCAAGAAUUUAUGAAAGAGACUACCCAGGCUAUGGCGUACGACAGUUUUAACAGUAGCGAGGACUUUCGUACUAAAUAUAAGGAGAAGAAUGGUGCAGAACCUUACACGUCGAAGCCAAACGAGGAUACUUGGUCUAUCGGAAAGAAGACAACUCGUCGAACCAGAGAUGAUGCAUUUGCAAGAAUUGAUAUUUACCAACAAUGGUUCAAAGAUCAUUAUUUCACAGACGAACGCAAAAAAACCAUAAGUGUCAUCAUAGUACUGCCCCUCGAUAUAGCAGGCCCUCGAUACAGAGAUAACUGCCCUAGAGAUGACGAUCCUAGUGAUAACGACCCUAGUAUCAACGCUUUGGCACUUGGGCCUGUCAUGGGAGCCCCUGUGCUCACUGUUCCAAUUGGCCAAAUACCGUACCAUUCAAGAAUCAGCAAACGACCCGAGCAAUCACCAUUUGCGGUUGCUCUGAUGGGAUCACCUGGCACUGAUAUCAAGCUAAUUGACAAUGCCAUAUUUGCCAUGGGAUGUCUGAAUAUUCCCACAAAGGUCAAAACAGGAAAACGCAUGUACUGUACUUAG